AACUAGUAAACAAGUGUACAUGUUCUUCGCCACACAAAGUUAAAAUUAGACUCAUUAGAGGAACACAUGGGUCUGGCUUCAGCCGGCACAUGCACCUAUAAAUUCAAGUUUGACAGAGCGGUUCCACUAUACUUUGGUGGAAAACACACUGGAUUACACCCUGGGUGAAAAUAAUUAUUUUGCUUUCUGUCAGUACAUUUUGGACUAACCAUUUCAUAUUAGCAGAAGGUUGGUGAGCACACUGUAUUUUAUCGUAUUUCAAACUAUUUUGUAUGCUGCUGAUUUCUAUGUUUCUGGGAACCCAGAGCUUAAUUAAUGAGACAUACACUGUAAUUUAUUAUGUUUCAUACAGUAUUGUACACAGGUUUUUUGUGUUUCUGGGUAUCCACAGCUAAAGUUAUGAGAAAUGUUGAUUUUACAGUCAUGCUUUAUCUAUAUCCACCAAAUCACACGAUUAGCAUUGAUCUUAAAUGUUACUGUGUAGUGUUGCGCUGCUGGAAUGCUGCUUUGGAACACUGAGCCACAAUGUUCUAUGGCCACAAGUGUUGAAACAUUUAAAACAAAAGACAAGAGAGUUUUUCCUUUGGAAGAAACUUGAUCUUGAAUCAGCAGUCUGCUGAGGUGGGGAAACACAAGAAUCUCUAGAUAAAAAUAAAGUAAGAUCCUGUCAGAAGUACAGAAAAAAAUGGUUGGAAUCAAACCUAGCGACCUGCCACCAACUGCUGCGGUCAAGUUUUUUGGUGCUGGUGCGGCGGGAUGUUUUGCUGAUCUGGUCACUUUCCCCCUGGACACAGCAAAAGUGAGACUUCAGAUCCAGGGAGAAUCUACAGCUGCCUCAGGAUCAGCUGUGGUGAAAUAUCGAGGAGUAUUUGGCACCAUUUCCACUAUGGUGCGUACAGAGGGUGCAAGGAGUCUUUAUAAUGGCCUGGUGGCAGGACUGCAACGACAAAUGAGCUUUGCAUCUGUUCGUAUCGGUCUUUAUGACUCAAUGAAGCAAUUCUACACCAGGGGCACUGAGAACGCAAACAUUGCGACUCGUCUACUGGCUGGCAGCACUACUGGAGCCAUGGCUGUUGCAUUGGCACAGCCCACAGAUGUCGUAAAAGUGCGUUUCCAGGCUCAGGCACGUCAGUCUGAUGGAUUAAAGAGAUACAACAGCACAAUGGAUGCUUAUCGGACUAUUGCACGUGAUGAGGGUGUUCGGGGGCUCUGGAAGGGCUGCAUGCCAAACAGGAUCCUGCGCUUAGGCACCUGGAACAUAGUGAUGUUCGUUUCCUACGAGCAAAUCAAGAGAGGUCUGACUAGAAUUCAGUGCUCAUGGGAGUCACCUUUCUGAACGGACAUUGUCAGUAUCUUCAGAUGUUGAUUAAACAGAGAGUGCAAAUAUAAGUCAAGUCCUUUGUUAUGAGAACAAAUGGAUUCCCAGGUAAAGUCUUAUCACUGAAAAAGGCAGCAGCUUUUUUGAGGCCAAAGGGCAAGCUCAUCAAAAAUGAAAGAUGAGUUGCCAACAAUCACAAGACGUAUGGCUGAGAAAGCAAAAUGCACAUUUUUGUCUUAGUUUCAUUGUCAUUGGACACUGAGAGCAGAGGUAUUAUUAGAGGUAUCCAAUUGCCAGGAUAUAUGUCCAUUUUUUAUGUAUAUACUUUUAAAUAUGUCAAGAAAACGGGUCCAUGGCACUAAUGAAUUAAUAUAUAUUUAUACUAUAAACUGUACAUUAUUGGAAAAAUAAAGCUUUUUAUGAUAUAUCUGUUUCUGUUAAUGAGUUCUAAAGUGUUUUAAGUAUCAAAUCAGGUACAUGCAACUCAUUUAGAUUAUAUGUGUUUGUCUCCCCUGAAUCCUGUCUUUUAAUCAAUCAAUGAUCAAAUCAACUGAGAGCCCAACACCCAGAAGGAAACUUAAAAUCCAAAUGGCUUUCACAUGACAAAGGUUCAGAAAGCGCUCUCUUGCUUAGCCAUAAAAGACAGGCAAACAAAAACUUUGUUAGACUGAAGCUGUGAAGUUUACUUGAUGAAAAGAGGAAGUGAACGCCACAUUAACAAUAAGACAAAUGCAAAUCUGAGAAGUGUGAGCAACAAACAGCACUGACAUGUUUCAGGAUUCUCAGGAAGUGUGAUAGAAGUGAUGCCUGAUGCUCUCUGAAGACUGUUGUGUGCAUGUGACCCUUGAAUUGACCUGGGACUCACACAAUAAUAAGCAGCAGUGUGUAGUUCAUGAAGCAUGUGUGUCAUUGUGUGUUUUUAACCCACGUGUCUGGUGAACACAAUUAUUUUGUUUUGCCUUGAAGAUGUACAUUCUCCAGUAAUGUUCUGUUUAAUCUAAGAGAAACCUAAACAGCAGCCCUGUCUUUUUGAUUUGGUGAUGGGAAGUUUGGUGCAGGUAUGUAGUUUAAAUGCUUUUGGUUCUUGUAGGCUAUCUGAUGAAAAACAAUAAUACUCUCGUAUUAUAUAUAU